AUGCAGACCGUCCCUGAAGGCACCGAGCUCACCGAGCAACAACCAAAAUCUCCUCAGAACUUCGAUCCUUGCUGCAAUGCCAAAAUCACCUCCCCAUUCUACCUGUACAAUCACGACUCGCCACGGCCUUCCUUUGACGUCUCGGCAAAGGAUCAAAAUCUGCCUGGCACCAGAGUCUCCAUUCACGAUCUCGAAUCAGCAACCUUUAACUUGUCACCUACUAUAACUGAGGAGAAGAAAGAAGCCCAGAAGCCAGCCCAGAACAGACUGAAAUUUUGGCAAAAGAAGAACAAGUGCAUGACCAAACCCAAACAGACGGGAUGGUUAUCUCGACUACCACCACGACAGAGACUUUUGGUCAAAGUAGUGAUUGCUCUAGUCAUCAUCGGGGCUGCCGUUGGCAUCGCGGUCGGCAUCAGUAUCCGUGUCCACGGUGGUGUCUACAAAGACAACAAUUCCACACACCAAAUUGGUUGA